AUGGCCCGAGGUAGAGGCAGAAAAACGACACAGCAGCCAGCACCUCCUCGUACAGCUGGCCGUAGAGCAGCGCCAGUCAACUUUCGUGAAGAUCCCGGUUCUGGAGAAGAAUUCGACUUCACUCCUUUGGACGAACAUUCUGCCGAUGAAGAUGUACAACGACCGAUCUCUCCCGCGAGUGUCGAGCCUGUAGCUGGCUCUGCUGCCUCCACCAGACCUGUCACGCCUUCUGAGCGAGCCUCAGAACCCUCACGGAGCCGAACAGCCCCAGAUAUUGAUUGUUUCUUUGAACGCGGAUCCAAGGCGCCUCCAGUAAGCAGAACUCUAUGUAAGCUAUGCAGGGCGAAUGGGAUAGACUUGCGCCAGGGUGCAGGCAGCUUCUCAGCAAGCACCUCAAAUGGUCCAUUGCGCAACCACCUCCUAAGCCGCCACAAGGAUCCAUAUCUCCAGAAGUGUCUUGAAAUGAGAUGGAAAGUCCCUGCACUCGCGAGCGAAACUGGAACAGCCUCUGCGCCCCCUGAACAUGGAACACACCGUCCGCCAUUUUCCCAGGAGGCAUUGAUACAGCAUCUUCUGAAUUUCAUCGUUGCAGACGAUCAGUCUAUAAAUGUUGUUGAAUGCCCAGAAUUUCGACAGCUCCUCUUGCUUUUACGUGAGGACCUCGAGGACAAAGACAUUCCCCGCUGA